AUGGACGCAGGCCAGACCGCGAGCAAAGACUCAUCACCAGUUGAUGCACCGUCUCAACCUCAACCUCAACCCCAACCCCAAGCCAAGCCGCUGAGCUGCACGUCGUGCCGGUCGCGAAAGCUCAGGUGCGACAGGCAGCACCCGUGCCGGAACUGCGUGCGUUCCGGAGCCGACUGCAUCUUUCCGGCGCGGAAGCGGAUCCAGAGGCCGAGGAAGACCAAAAACUCGGAAUUGCUCCAGCGAUUGAACCGACUCGAGUCUAUCGUCGGGAAGGUCGGCCUCGCAAACUUGGAAGAUCAGCUAAGUGGCGACGGCCCCGAGAAUGCUGCCAUUCAAGGAGACCCGGCAACAGCGCCUCGCGCUCAUCCCGUGGUUGCGGGAUUUGCAGGUCCUCCCGAGGGGCAGGCAAGCCAGUCCCGGCCGCAGGAUAGUACGGCCUCGCGCUAUCUCAGCGGAGAGUUCUGGUCAAGCCUUUGUGACGAGGUUGGAGGUCUGAAGCAAGCAUUGGAACAAUCGACAGAUUCGGAUGACGAUGAGCCAUCCGCGGAGACCACUCCGGAGUCGGCUGGCGAUGCCUCCGUAUAUCCAGGCAUGUUACUUGGGGCGAUGCCGGGCGCGAGAUCUCAACAUGUGGAACAUCCAUCUCCAGAGCACAUUCGCUACCUCACCGCCACCUACUUCAAAAACGUCGAUCUGCUCCUGAAGAUUUUGCACAGACCUACAAUAACCGUCGCUCUAUACCAGCUCGCCGACUCGCCAGAGACCGAAUCCCAGCUCGCGCCCGAACGCGCUGCCCUCUUCUUCUCCGUCUAUUUCGCGGCCAUUAGUAGCCUCUCGCUAGAGGAAUGCCUGACGCAUCUGGGCCAAAGCCGCAGCGACCUGAAGCAGACCUACCAGGCGGGCGUGGAGCGCGCCCUCGCCCGCGCCGACUACCUCAACAGCACCAGCCUGGAAUCGCUCCAGGCGCUGACGCUGUACGCAUGCUGUCUGCGCAACCACAGCGGGGGCUCGCGGUCCUCAUGGGUGCUCCUAAGCUUACCAAUCCGGCUGGCGCAGGCGCUGAACCUGCACCGGGACGGAGAUGGCAGCCAACUCCCCCCCUACGAGGCCGAACUGCGCCGUCGCCUCUGGUGGCAGCUCAUCGUCAUGGAUGUCCGGGCAGCGGAGGACAGGGGCACGAUGGCGAUCAUCGCGCGAGACAGCUACGAUACGCGGCUGCCGCACAACAUCGACGAUGCCGAGUUCGGGCCCGAGAGCACCGUCCCCCUCGUCGACCGCGCAGGGCCUUCAGACGCGACGUUCAGUCUGUGCACGGCUCAGAGCUCGGACAUAUUCCUCUAUCUUGAGCAUGGCCAGGAGGCGGGUUCCGCGCGGCCGGCGCAGAGCGUGGAAGAAACCAUCCGUCACGCACAGCAUCUAGAAUCGCAGUUCGUGACGGGAGCCGACCCGAGCCAUAAGGCGUCUUACCUCGCGUCCGUGACGGUGCGGCUCAUCAUCAUGAAAUUAUGGCUUAUGCUGCAUUACCCGCUGCACGGCCGACGGGCAAAAUCCAUAGCGAAUUCGACUUCGGCUGCAGCAGCAACAUCGUCAUCACAAUCACCACCACCUGCCUUCACAUCAGCCUCUCCAACAUCGUCAACAGCAGCAGCAGCAGAGGCAACAACCACAGCCACAGCACCAGCACCCCACCCCCAACCCCACCAAACCACCACCGCCCCCGUAUCCCGCGAAUCCGUCCUCCGCCUCACCACCAAAAUCCUAGAAGAAACCCAACAAGGCCGCGCCAACGCGGGCGCCUUCGCCGAGUCGUUCCGGUGGUGGCGCGACACGUACGUGCAGUGGCACCCUCUCGCGGUCGCGCUGGCCGAGCUCUGCGCUUCGCCGCGCGGCGAGGCCGCCGACCGCGCCUGGGCCGUCGUCGACGGCGUCUUCCCGGUAUCCAGCGAGAUCAUCGCCGACACCAAGCGCGGCACGCUGUGGCGACCCAUCCGCAAGCUGCACAAGAAGGCCCGGGCCGCGCGCGAGGCCGCGCUCGCCGUCGACAGGGCCGCGCCGCCCGGGCUCUGGGGAGGCGGGUUCACGCUUUAUCCUGGCAUGCCUGGGUUGGAUCUGAGGCCGGGUGGUGGCGGAGGGGAUGUUGCAGGGGGAGGGGGAGGGGGCGACGGCAUGGCCUUGGACCCGGCGAUUACGGCUACUGCUGCUCCUGAUAAUGCUUCUAUGAUGAGCCAGCCGAUUGUGCCGCCGGAUUUGGGCGGCCUCAAUCUGGACAUGGCGCCAGGGGCGGUGUCACAGGAAUGGCCGGUGUCACAAGAGUGGCUGGCGUGGCCGGACCUCAACUUUGAUAUUCCCAGCUUCAACAUGCCUAUAGCAGGCACCGCGGGUAUGGACACAAUGGACUGGAGCACGUGGGAUGAAUUUGUACUCGAUACUCACGCCGAUGCACAAUCAAUGCGAGGGUCGAGCGAAUGGAGCUAG